UGACUCGUUCAGCUGUUCCUCCUCCUCUGUGUGCCUCUGUGUGCUGCAAUUGGUGGUGUUAGAAGAAGAGAGAGAGAGAGGGGGUACGUACGGAGGAGGAGGAAGAGAGAGGAGAGGGCACGUACCUGAAGGGGUGGAAACUGUCACACCUGUCCUGGGAUGUGGAGGAGCAUUCAGGUGGUGCUGGUGGUGGGUGUGGCUGGGGUGUGCAUGCCGCCUCUGCUUCUCAACACCUUCAGGAGAGUCGUCACCAUGGCCGCCACAGAAGCCUAUGUCGCCGGCACUCACUCCAUGGCCUUCGUCACUGCCCCGUCCCAGGAGGUGGCCAAGAAGAUUGCUGGUGGGCUGGUGAAGAACAAGUUGGCAGCGUGCGUGAACAUCAUCCCUGGCGUGGUGUCUGUGUAUGAAUGGAAAGAGGAGAUUAAUGAAGAUCCUGAGGUCAUUAUGAUGAUCAAGACUCGCACAUCCCGCCUGGAGGAGCUCACCAAGUAUGUGCGGGAGAACCACCCUUAUGAUGUGUGUGAGGUCAUAUCAUCCAAGAUCGACCAAGGCAACCCUCCUUACCUGGACUGGAUUAGCGAGAUUGUGCCAGAGAAGUGAAGAGCAGGGUAGUGUGUGGUGGUCCUCCUCUCCUCUCCUCUCCUCCGUAACAUCAGCUGCUGUAGGGAUGAAUGGAGGUGGAGUGUGUGAGUGUACUGGGUGUGGUAGUAAAGGGUGAGCUGAAGGAGGAGGAUGAAAGAGUGAGGGUGGAUAUAAAGUUGUGAUGAUAUUAAUGUUUGUUUUUUCUAUUGUGAAGGAAGGUUUCUCAAGACAUUUAUCUCAUUCUUAUAGCUAAUUUUCUCAACCCUGUUUGAGGACUGGAAUCUUAGUUGGCUUUAUUUUUCAGUUGUUUUUGUAAUCCUUGGCCAGUUUUCCCCUUGUAAAUAUUAAAUUAAUAAAUACAUAAAUAAAUAAGUAAAAACAAUUUGUGAUAUUUUUUUAUUCAGUUCGUUAAUGUACUGUUUCUGCAGUGUUGUUACAUUGUCAGCACUGUUGCUGUUAUAAUCAACCUAGUUUGUAGUGAAGGUUUGGCACAAGUUUGUUCCAUGUGUUUGUCUCUGCCUUGCUAGUGUAUUCAGAAGACAGUCAAGUGAAAAACGAGUGAAGCUUUCCUGAUUAUAUCUCUUGAUAAUGAAGGUUUGGCUGUAGUUUGAUGUUUGUUCCUGCCUUGCCAUUGUAUUCAGAGGACAGUCAAGUUAAAAUGAAUGGGUGAAGCCUUUUUGGUGUUGUUUGGAGCUUGUCUCUGCCUUGCCAGUGUACUCAGGAGAGACAGUGAAGCUAAAACAAAUAGGUGAGGCUUUCUUGUCUCUAAUGGCUGAGUGUGGCAGAUUGACAGUCUUACAGAAACAUGCCUUGUGAAAGUGCGAGUUUAUAAUAAAUCAUAAAACAAAGACA